CGAAUACAAAACGUAAUGGCCGCGUCGGAUCUCAAUCAGUUUUGUUGCUAAAACAAAAAAAAUAAAUACACAAGUUAUGUAUGUUUUAAUUAGGUGAAAGUGCUCCCCAGUGUUAAAUUCAGGUGCUCCGGUGAUUCUGCCACUAUGUACUGCUCCGUGGAGAGCGCCCAGCAGACAAAAAAUCCGGUCAAAGAGGGAGUGACAAUGCGGGAAAAGAAGAGUGGAGCGCUUUCGCGGGUGCAGAAGUUGAAGAAGAGGCUUUCCCAUAGCUUCGGUAGAUUAUCGAUCUCCAAAGAAGAAGACUGUGAUGCAAAUUUCGAAGAUUCAAACCGUGAAAAUAAAACGCACAACGGAUACAAUGGCAGUAGAGGAAACAGCGUCGAAGGAUAUCUGGAUCGAUUGGAACCGAAUGGAAAUAUACCGCCGCACGGAAAGUACGAUUGGCACAGUGGCGACUCGCGCUCUCACCACCAGCAACAGAACCACCAUCUAUCCCAUCACCAUCAUCACCAUCACCACCAGCAGGAGCAGCAGCAGCGCCCGGUCACCAGGCAAUUGUCAGUUUCAUCAGAUUCCAAAUUGCUGGACGAGGACAUCAGGGAGGAGACAGAGAGGGUCGUCAUGAGGCACAGGAAAGGCGGUCCCAAAAGACAGCAGAGGCCACGAUCAGAAGCAACACUGCUUUCGUGUGGUAACGAAGAAGGAAGUCAUGCGAGGAGGAGGUUGGCCAGGUCGAAACGAUACAGUGCAUUUGGGGGUGAUUCACCAUUUGGAAAAUCAGAAGCAUACAUCAAACUCGAACAAUUAGGAGAGGGCUCGUAUGCCACAGUGUUCAAAGGAUAUAGCAAUUUAACGAAUCAAGUGGUCGCUCUGAAGGAGAUUAGACUUCAGCAGGAAGAAGGUGCCCCCUUUACAGCCAUCAGAGAAGCUUCGUUAUUGAAAGAAUUGAAACAUUCAAAUAUUGUCACUUUGCAUGAUAUUGUACACACGAGGGAAACAUUGACAUUUGUAUUCGAAUAUGUCAAUACAGAUCUCUCCCAAUACAUGGAAAGGCAUCCAGGAGGUUUGGAACCGAGGAACGUCCGCCUCUUCCUGUUUCAAUUACUAAGGGGCCUGUCGUACUGCCACAGGAGGAGGGUGCUCCACAGGGACGUCAAACCCCAGAAUCUUUUAAUAAGCGAGAGGGGCGAAUUGAAGUUGGCCGAUUUCGGACUGGCCAGGGCCAAGAGCGUUCCCUCGCACACGUACUCCCAUGAGGUCGUCACGUUGUGGUACAGGCCACCGGAUGUACUAUUGGGCAGUACAGAGUACGGGUGCUCCUUAGACAUGUGGGGCGUAGGUUGCAUUUAUGUUGAAAUGGUGACGGGACUGCCUACUUUUCCAGGUGUUCGUGACACUCAAGAUCAACUCCUUAAGAUAUUUAAAAUUUUAGGUACUCCAACAGAACAGACGUGGCCUGGCGUAUCACGAUUGCCUUCGUACAAGCCUCGAAAAUUUAUUUCUUUCAGGUCUCGUAGGUUAGGUUUAAGUUUUCCUCGACUGCACGAUUCUCCUGAUGGUGAAUCAGUGGCCGAGAGUUUGUUGCAAUUGAAUCCGGAUGACAGGAUAGGGGCUGACGAGUGCCUGAAACACAGAUAUUUCAGCUCGUUGCCCCCCAAACUACACGAACUGCCUGACGAGGCUUCAAUAUUCAGUGUAGAAGGCGUAUUCCUUUACCCCGAACACAGACAAGCCGGGAUCAAGUGAGACAACAACUUGAAAAUAAGUUUAGUAUAAACUUAUGAGAUUUCAUAACGAAACUAUGAUUAACAGACAAGAUGCCA